AUGUCCUCGAACGGAGUAUCUACACCCGUAAAGGAACUAUCUUACGAUCCGGUUUCAGAGGUAGAACAAUCACCCGAACAGAAACCGUCUUUGUUGGCCAAGACUUUGAGUAGACUAUCAAGAAGACGCUCAGCUUCGGUCAAGUUACAAAAGAUCAGAAAGAGAGAUUUUGGGUUUUUACCGAUUCCUAAACAUAAUCGACAUGAUCCAAAUCUUCCACCGGAACAACAACCGAAAUUCACUUGGAGAACCAAUGUCGUCUUUGCACUUGCGUCGACUUCAAGUGUUAUGAACUUGUAUUACGUGCAACCUAUGCUUGUUGCUAUCGCGACAGAUCUGAACGUUUCCAACCAAACAGUCUCUCGUAUACCAACGCUUUUGCAAGGCGGAUAUGGGACUGGAAUUCUUUUCGUAUCCCCCUUAGGCGAUCUUCUCCGUCGUCGACAGUUGGUCCUGGCUCUUUUUUUGGUAUGUUCCUUGCUCCAGAUCGGGCUCGCCUUGGCGAAGAAUGUCCAGAUGUUAGAAGGUAUCAGUUUCUUGGUCGGAAUCUGUUCCGUCAGCGCUCAAGUUUGUAUUCCAUGGACGGCAGAUUUGGCUCCUGCCAAUAUCCGCGCAAGAUCAAUGAGUAUCACCCUUUCCGGAUUGAUAUCUGGUUUGGUCAUCGGUAGAGUGCUUGGUGGUGUAUUCUCGACGUAUGCCUCUUGGAGAGAUACGUAUUGGUGGGCUAUGGCUUUGCAGAUUUUCAUCCUUUCUCUCUUAUAUCUGGGACUUCCCGAUACUCCUGACAAGGGUGUCAAGGUUCCUUAUUUCAAGUUUAUAUUGUCAAUGUUCAAAUAUCUGUACAAAUAUCCCACUUUGACUCAGGCUUCCAUCUGUUUCUGUUUCUCAAGUGCUUGUUUUGCCGGUUUCUGGACGACGAUGACUUUCGUUCUUUCUUCUGACCCCUACCAUUACUCGCCAUUCGACAUUGGUCUCUUCGGUCUGUUAGGUAUAAUAGGUGCACUCAUGGCUCCUCAAUGGGGUAGACUGGUGGAUCGUAUAGUCCCUUGGACUGGACAAAUAAUAGGUUUCUGCGUCACCACCGCCUCGAUGAUCAUCGCUCUGGCAGGAGCGACCAAGAGUAUCGGUCCGAUUUGCGUGGCCAUGGUCAUGUACGACGCCGGAUCUCAAUUGGCCCAAGUGGCAAGUACUUAUCGUAUAGCUGGUCUUGAACCUCAAGCUAGGGCGAGGAUGAAUGGGUGUUUCCUGUUGCUCAUGUUCAUCGGGCAGACGAGCGGGACGGCAAUCAUGACUAAAGUGUACAACACACACGGAUGGUACGCUACAGGAGCGACGGCCGUAGCUUUUCAAGGUCUGGUUUUACUCACUCUUCUAGUCAGGGGUCCACAUGAACCAGGAUGGUUCGGUUGGUCAGGUGGUACACAAUUAUUCAGACGUGAUAAAUUAACCGACCUGAGUCCUACGGCUAUAACAGAAGGUAAACAUCAUCUUUUAAAGCAUAAAAGCAAACAUUCACAUGAGGAUGUUGUUGAGAUGGGAGCGGUGUAUGAGAAGGGUAAACGUGUGAAUAGACCGCAGUCACCAGUUCAAUCAAUGAAUCCAGAACAGCUUUCCAAGUUAGAGAGUGGGAGGAAAGAGAAGGAGAAGGAUAAUGAAAAGUCAGAGGGUAAGGUUAUAGAAGGAGAAGAAUCAGAAGAAGUAAGAGAAAUACAAAGAGUUUUCGCUGCUGGUCAUAGUGCUGAUACUGCUUGA